CUCUCGAGUGUGUGUUUUCUUUUCUCACCGUCAUUCACCGACUUCAAUACUUCAUCACUAAUAAUAUAAUACACACAGCACACACUAUAUAUAAUUGUACUCACGGUCUCGGACUCUAGGGUUAGGGCAAAAUCGACAAUGUACAAUCACAGCCAAGCGAUGAAUUAUCCGAGCCACUACUCCGACAAACUCGGCGCCGGCGCCGGCGUGCCGAUCGAUCCUAUUUCGCAUGAAUUGGCGUAUGAUGAGUCGCAGGGGUUUGAAGAAGGCGAUACGAUUGCGAAUUACGAGGUUGUGGAGGGGAGCGAUGCUGCGGUGUCGUACGACGCCGUUUCGCAAUGUGGAAACACCAGUGAUCAGCUUACGCUGUCGUUUGGCGGCCAGGUUUAUGUGUUCGACACUGUUACUGCUGACAAGGUACAACAGGUGCUUUUAAUUCUAGGGGGAUGUGAGCUUCCUUCAACUGCUCAACCUGCUGACAUAGCUUAUAGGAAUCCUCCGGCACAGUAUCAAAAAGAUUACCCUCAGAGGUUUAGUGAUCCGGAGAGAGCAGCCUCUCUCCGCAGGUUCUAUCAGAAAAAACAGAAUCGGUGCUUUGAGAAGAAAAUUAGAUAUGAUGUUCGUCACGAAGUUGCAGUAAGGAUGAAUCGUAAGAAGGGUCAAUUUACCUCCAAAGCAUCAGAAGUGUCAACUGGUUCAAAUGCUGAUGAUUCUGGGCAAGAUGAAAGCACACCUGAAACUCUGUGCAAGCAUUGUGGCACUAGUUCAAGAUGCACCCCUAUGAUGCGGAAAGGGCCUGAUGGUCCAAGGACUCUGUGCAAUGCAUGUGGGCUUUACUGGGCACAAAAGGGAGCAUUGAGGAAUAUUCCCAAGAAGUCAUGUGAUCAACCUUUGGCCCAAAUAGAACAGGGUGAAGUCGAAAAAUCUAACUUCGUUCCGCCGGUUUACACUCAGUAACCAGCAACUUUCGGCAGUGAUGACUCCUCUAGAAUUAAUUGCUGGAAUUUCCUGAAGCAUAGCAUGAAGCUGCACCAGCCCAGUUGCCUCUGACAUCAUUCACUAAAAGUCUUCUAUAAUUCCGUCGGCUUGUCUUUUAAUUUGUACAGAUGAGCACAUCAGGAUCUAUGGAAUCUUUUCCCAUGUAAUACUUUUCAUGGUUGUUCAUAUUAGGAAAGAAGAAAUUUCAGCUGUGAUAUCUGCGAGGUAGCUCUGUUUUGCUGAGCUAGAUAAUGGAAGAUACUUCAGGUGCUAGAGUUGUGCUUAUUUGAAAACAUAAACUGAAACAUAAGAACUCACAAGGUCUUCUUAAUUUAGUUUUUACUUCAGUGCA